GUGUUAAUGGAGUCGUGUUUGCCGACCCCUCCACCAGGUGCCGCUCAUGACGUUCCACCCCAAGCCCGUGGUGUUCACGGUCAACGGGGACGGCAAGAAGGACCCGGCUGCCCCGCCGCCCUUCGACGGGCUGCCCUGGGGAUGGUGGCAGGCGAGGACCACGCUGCUCGCCGGCCUCUGCAAGGUGACGACGGCAUGGCACAUGGCCAUGGUCCUGUACGCCGCCAUGCCCUCGCCGUUCGGUGAGUUCCGCUGCCUCAAGUCUUCGAGUAACGCCAGCGCCGUCACCGGCAUGGACUGGCUCCUCUCGGACAAGUUCUGGGACUGGACCUGGGACCCCUGGGUGCCAUGUGACGAGGGGGAAGUCGUUGGUAAGGAAAACGAAACCACUGCUUUUGCGAUUGCAAGUAAUUUUAUCACACCGCUUGCUUGCAUGGGUUAUUUUGGAUUGUGGUGCAAAUGAUCGACGACGCCAGCUAAAAUGACCGUAAUAGUCCACGUGGUGCAGGAUACGGAGUGCCUGGAAAGCAGCUCUGGGCACCGCGCCGUCACGACUCUAUGCGCGUUCGCUACUCCUUCUUGUGUCAUCUGCAAUCACACUCAUGUAUUG